CAGAUCCACUUGGUGCUUGCUGUGGCUGCGCGUAGUGUGAUCUCCCAAUGCGCAUUGGUAAUAAAGCUUUGAUGAAAGGAUACUUCAGCCUCAUCUGACUCUUCUUCUCCAGCUGUGAUAUCGAAAGGAUCGGUGAGGUUAAGCAGCAGAACCUCAACAAAGCUUACAUAUACAGAGGCGUCAGAGUGAACCUCGGACGUGGCUUCUACAUUCAACACAGGCGCUCUCACAACCCAAAUCCCGACGCCAACGUCAGCGGUUUUGAAUAAAUGAAUUUUUUUAAAUGAAAUUUAUGUAUGCUGUAUGCAUUUUGUACAUUCCUAAGUUGUGAGUCUACACCAGCCAAAAUACUGCUUUUAGUAAUUAACAUUUGAAAUGAUGAAAAACACAAACUUUUCAGAAGUACUUAAGGUUUUGUGCAGGCACAAAACCCUGUUUACGCUCUCCCUCCCAGGCUUCUAGUCUUCUGAUUGGCCAACAUUUCUACAUGAUUAGGAUUUGGCAUUUUCUUGACAGCGUUUGACUUCGUUUGUGGCGUUUACAUGUGGACGGAGAUAUUUUUUCAAAACUGCACGUGUGGACGGGAUUUUUUUUUUUUGAAAAAACAAAAACGGAAAAUCUCUGUUUUCAAAAAUACCCUUGUACGUGUGGACGUAGCCUUAUAGACCGCUGGGUGGGAGUUAAGGGCGAAGGUCAUGGUGGUCCAUUCCCCGGCUAUAGAGGCUGGUAAUUGUGACAUGGAACAUCACCUGUCUGGUGAGAAAGGCACCACAUCUACUGGCUGAGGCUGAGAGAUCCUGGCUAGAUAUAGUUCACUUUAACACACAGCUUGAGCUCUUGAACCAGUCUCUAGGAAAGGGCUGGACUCUGUUCCAAUCUGGAGUUGCCCUUUGUGAGAGGCGGCUGUUAUUGGACUUCUGUGCAAUAUAUAAAAAUAGCUGAAACCACACUUUUUCUAUGACAAAUUUCAUGCUCAAACAUAAGAGUGUCCACAAGUGCAUGUGGAACGAGUACAACCUAGGCUGCAAGUCGACCUGAAUUUACAAAGCACUGGAAUACAAGGUCAAACUCCACCCCUGCUUUGAAAAUCCUGUGGCAAGAAGGGACUCCUAUUGUGUGCAUAAUAUUUUUAAAGCUGAAAAUAUUUCCUGUCAAGGUUCUUUUUGGACAAGCCAAAGAAAAGAUGUGGAGCCUUCAAAACCUGCUUUUCAUCCUCUGCAUUUCUCUGAGAUGUGUGACCAGUGCAGUAGGGGUGCUCAAUGUCACUGGAUAUCUGAGAAGAGAGGUUAACAUUUCCUGCCCUUACGAUCCGGGUUAUGAAUCAUAUGAGAAGUACCUCUGUAAGAACAGUUGUGGCAGGGCUGAUGUUCUUAUUACAACAACAAACCCAGUGACAUAUAAAUACAUGAUCCAUGAUGACAAAACAGCACGAAUCUUUACAACGACCAUCUCUGAUCUUCGUUCUAUGGAUGCGGGGAAAUACUGGUGUGCUGUGAAAAAAUUUUUGAAAGAUAUCUACACUGAAGUCAAGCUGAAAUUAGUAAAAGACCGCUGCUGUGACACUGUGACCAAAAUUCUGAAUUAUCAGGGAUAUUCAGUAUCCAUUAGUUGUCCAUAUGAGUCUCAGUACCAGAACAGCCUGAAGUACAUCUGCAGAGGAAAACAGCCCUCCAUAUGUCUUCAGCAGGCACUAAUCACCUCUGACAACAAGGAAAAUGGACGAUUCAGACUUGAUGAUGAUAAAAUGUUGAAAAAAUUUACAGUGAACAUCACCAGUUUGAGCCAAGAGGAUUCAGGGUCAUACCUCUGUGGUGUCCAAAGAAACUUUGACCUGGAUGUUUUCUCUGCUGUUGAGCUUAAAGUUGAAGAGUUCUGCUGUGUCAAAUCAACUAAAAUAAAUGGUACUGUGGGACAUCCACUAACAUUGCAGUGUCCUUAUCCUUCACAACACCGGGAUAACAGGAAGUUCCUCUGUAAGGGAGACCAGCACAACAGCUGCAUGGACAUGACCAAUCAAAGCAGGUUCACUGUCCAUGAUAAUGUUUCUUCCAGCUCUUUCUGGGUGAUCAUUGCAGAGCUGGAAGCAGCUGAUGCUGGGACAUACUGGUGUGGGUCAGAUUCACAGUGGAAAGUUGGAAACUACACCAAGAUGGAGCUGUCAGUUCUGCAGCACACUCUGGGAACUCUGGAAGCAAAUAACCCAGCACUCUAUGUGGUUUACAUUAUAACCCCUGUGCUCCUACUGAUGUGUGCCCUGUUUAUUGUUUAUAAGUACAGAUGUUCCACAGUUAAAGGUGAUGAAGCCACAGGCAGAAAUGCCCGAAAUAAGCUAUAGAGCUCAGAGGAAGCGAUGGGGGCAGCAAAAAGUGGAUUUUGCAAGAAAACCGAUGUGUGAGACAGAGUGAGAGGUGUGUGAAUCUCUGACUCUGGGUGUGAUGGCAGCCCUAACUUCAAACAACACACAUGUUAGACAGAUGGAGACCCUCAGUUUACAGAUGUAGGCCCUCAGGUUCAAGAAGUGUCAACGUAAAUUUGUAUGUGAGGCUGUAUCUUGUAUGUGCUUGUAUUUGCCCAUUUAGUUAUGGUUAUUGUUAAAUAGUGUAUAAUUUGAUAGUUUCUUAUUUGUAAUGCCUCAUGUUUAGUUUACUUCCCCUCCUGGUUCACCGUCUAAAAUUACUGUUAUCUUCUUGUGUCCACUUUCCCUAGUGACCUUGACCUGCUCGUCCUUUGUCUUUGUUUUCCCAGUGUUAUUAAUGUCCUCUCUGUGUUUCCAGACAGUUUUAGAUCCUGUUUACUCUUCUGUUUAUGGAGGGUUUUUUACCACCCAAAAUGAAGGCUCACUUGCAUUAGAUUUCUAUGUGUCUGCAUUUGGGUUCUAAACUCUGCAGUGCACAUUAGCAUUUUAUGUAACCUGGACACCGAUUCCUGUCUAAUGGCCCUGCAAGGCUUCACUAUAAGGAGAAGCUGUCUUGUUGGAUGCGAAUCAUUUCUUCAGUCUUGGAUCAAUAUCAGUGUAGUAGCAGUAGCAGUAGCAGUGGGUUUAGCAUGUGAUAGCUGUUGGUUUGUUGCAAACUGCCUCCGGCUGAAGGUGUUUAAGUAUUCCUUAGAUUUAGUCACAUAGACUAGAGGCAAUUUUUUCACACUCUUUAACUCUAAACCUUAAUGUUAUCCAAUUGGAAGAAAUGGUGGAUGAAUUACAGAAAAGGACAACUGUUGUGAGAAAAAUAACAUAGAAAAAACAAAACAAAAUGACAAAACAUCCUCUGAAAAAUAACAACAGAUAAACAACAGAACAGCAAAACAACACAAAGCAAAGGGACCCUGGGGCAUAGAGCCUUAAGCAUAUGUACACGUGGAAGACAAAGUGCCAGAGAGAAAAAAAGAAGAAAAGAGAGAAUAGAAAACAAAAAGAAAACAAAAAGAAAAAAAGCUGAAAAAAGACUGACAGAGAAGAGAGAAAGAGAGAGCGAGUUUUUAUUAAAAAUGGCGUACAAUGCUAAAAUUAACCAUAAAUCUAACUAAUUAGGCAUUUCUACAACUUUUUCAGGUGUCAAUUUUCUUAUCAUGAAUUGUGGCUCAAAAGAGCAAUAAUUCAUAAUAAUCACCAGGCGGACCUGUCAACAAAUCUGCUUUUUACACACUACAAAUCAUAAACCUUUCAAAAAGGAAAAUGAAACAGUCAAAAUGGAACAUAAAACUAUCAAAACUACCCAUUAGGUUGAAUUAUUAGAUUGCAAAACAACAGCUGUGCGUCAACAGAUGUUCAUAUAUUAGUAAUAUAAUGUGUAGGGAUGAGAAUCGAGUGGAACAACUUAGCGGUUCAAGUUGCAAUUGUGCUAUGAUCAGCUGAUUUCAGUUUGUGUGCCUGAAGAGGAAAAUAGUGUUGCAGUCUGCAGUGUGGAUAUGUACAUUACUUUAAAGUGCAAACUGUGUUCAGAACAGAAACAGCUGCAUUAUGCUGCUGACACAACUUCAGUGCUUUGCAAACAUGCUAAUGCAUGCUACAGCUAAGCUACCCAAGAACUGAGUGAUGUUAAACCAAAGUGAAUGCCAACCCCAGCCCAACAGCCAGACCCUGAACUUCAGCAGGUAACAAAAGCAGUGAAGAGCCUACAGGUGAAAGAUAAAGGGCUUCCUCACUGAUAACAACCCCCGCCAGGUGUGGAGAGGCAUCCAAGCCCUCACCAACUACAAAGGCCAGAGCCCCCCAACCCCCAACAGCAGCCUUAAACUCACAGAGGAGUUUAAGAGAACAGAAAGGGCUACAUGAGGAAGCUCUUCAUCGACUACAGCUUGGCAUUUAACACCAUAAUGCCAGACAUCCUUUCCGUCAAACUAGACCAUCCUCAGUUUCCCCCUGCAAACUGUUCGUGGAUCAAAGACUUGAUCACCAACUGGCAUCAAUCAGUAGGAGAGCACCCCAGAGUGUACUCUCCUACUGCCUGGGUGUUUGGUACGCAAAGGCCAUAACUGAGAACAGGUGGGCUCCAGGGAUGGCUGCCCUCUGCCACUCCUGGAGGCCAUCACCAGCUCCUCCUGUCUCAGGAAAACCAGGACCAUCACAGGUGACCCCUUGCAACCUGCAUACCACCUGUUUGACCUCCUGCCCUCUGGU